UUACCAUCUGAAUUCAUUGGUUCUCCUUCCCACCUCUGCUUUACAUUGCAUAACGUUCUUCUGGGCAGCCUCAGGGUUUUGGCCAACUUUGUGACUUUAUGCAAUGCUCAGUGCUGUGUCAUACCUAAUAAGAACACUCCAGGCGGUUUAUCUAAUGGUAAGUCCUGGCUUCUCAAUGUUUAUUAUAUUAUUGCAGCCUGGUUCUGUUUCUGUGGGCCUGGAGUGGGAGUGAGGGUUGGCAUGUGUAAUACUGCCUCAGGGGGUGCUGAUGCCACUCCUCAAGCACACUGGGAUCGCCAAGGAUCUAAAGCAGUGGCUCUCACCCUUGAGUUGGUCCUGGGGAGGCUGGGCAUCCUAUCCUUUCUAGCAGGCCUUGCUCUUGUCUCAAUGACAGCCCUGCUACAACCGUGCAUUAUGACAAAAACCAAGUGCCAGAAAAUCUUCAACAAGGAGAUCUGCAGCUAUAAGGUGGUGGAACAGAAUGAUCCAGAGAGGACCUGUAUUGUCCUGUAAUGUAAUGUGCUUCCAAUGGGCCUAGGGGUUCCAGCCUGAGAGGGCCCAUGUUCUCCCAGGCCAGGCCUUGUUCUUUUUGGCCUCUAACAGUCUAUGAUUGUGUAACCUUAUCUACCCGUAAAAAAGGUUUUGAGAAAACACUUGAAUCUGUGUAUGCUUUUAGUUCAUAAAUUAUGUAUGCAUUAGUUUAUAAAUUACAUGUAUUAUAAAGCAUGCAAACGUUGCAAGGAGAUGGAAAAUGUGAAUAGAAGUUAUGUUUUUAUAAUGUAUACUGCAAUAGAUCAC